CAAUUCAUUCAUACAUGGAAUUUGUUUAUCAAUCAAGAUAACGCAGUGCUAAUAUCGAAGAGAAUAAUUCACCAGUUAAUUUCUUCAUUUGUUUUCAACACAAGUUGCAGAUUCAACGCGGACAUUUUAUUCCCAAAUUAAAUUGAGGAUGAAAAAUAACCAGUCAGCUCGUAUCGAGCGUGAGAGUGACUAAACCGGAGAAUUGGCACAGUUAACGUUUUCCCUUUCGUUCAGUCACUGACGUACCAAUCCCCCGAGCAACCGCGGGAAAAUCCGUAUAAAUAUCCUCCACCGUUAUAAUCAAUCCCCACCAGUAAUCUCCCACCCAAAAACUCCCGCCUCAAUAACCCAAAACCCCAACAAUCCCUUAAUCCCUCCAUCACCCCCAGCUCUUCAAAUUCAAAUAACUCCAGACACGCCGCAUCGAGCACCCAAAAUUACCCCGCACAUGGCACCUACAAUCUACCGAUAAACAGCUUACCAGAAAAUCUCUCUAAACCAUCCUCAUUUUUAUUACGUAAUCCGAGCAAACAGUAAAACGCAGAACCGCGAAUCGCCGAGAAAUUCCACAUUAGUGCACCCUAUCUCCAGAGAUCCUCUGCCGGUUCCAUUUCUCGGUGGCAAAAAUCAGAUUCCUACCCGUGGAAAAACCCUAUUAAGCCCCUCCCGAGGUAACAAUUUCAGACAUAAACAUUCACCGUGAAAAUGAAAAUAUCCAGUGCAUAAACAAAGAAAAAAUGGGGAAAAAAAUGAUAAAUUAAAUGGUGCGUCUGCGCACAGUGUUGAAAUCUUUUUCCGGCAAGUGUAUUAAUUCAGUGGAUAAAAUAGGUGUCGUCCCCGUGGCGUGAGUGGUGGAUACGUCCCUGGGAUCCCGUUUGGUUGCAUUUUCUGUCAGAAGUGUGUGUGCCAGGCCGAGAUAGGCCCCCGGGGGAUAAAAAAUAUUGGCAAUAGUGAUAAAUCGAGAGCCUCGACAAAAAUUCAAUCCUCACAACACCACAUAACGAUGGAUUUUCGUUAAUCUGAGGGAGUGCAUCUGUGGUAAUUAAUGAAUUAAAACGGAUAAUUGGUGAUAUAGCGGUGUGUUAGUGAAUCCCUCGAGUACAUUGGGACGCUCGCUUGACUAAGGGAGUGCCCGCCCGUUCCCCCUGAUGCAAAGUGUAAGUGAAGUGGCCUACAGACCUACAUUUGUCUAACGCACCAAUUUUUUUCACCAACCACAACUGUGUUAUUUACCACUACCUCGAGAAGUAAAACAACACACUUUGUAAACACACAAUCGAGGACAUUUAAUGAGUAAUCAUUGACCAUUCCAUCAUUGAGUGGAUUUGAGUGUCGGUUCGUUCACAGUCACUCUCAUUUUUUUUUUUCAUUUCCUUUUCUUCUCGUUAAUUUAAUGAGAGACGAGAGGAGCAACAGUAGUGGAGGACAAAGUGGUUUUUUACCCUAAAAUAUAAUGGGGAGAAGACAUUAGUGUUAUGGGGAGAGUAAAGUAAGGUAUCGGUGGAAUUCCAUUUGUCCAAUUGAUCGAGGUUGUUUUUCUGUUUUUUUUUUUUGGGUUUUUUUUUAUGCACGGGGGGGAAUUCGAGACGUGCCCGGAGGUGAGGUGAUCCUCAGUGUGACGGUACCGGCGUGGGCUCUCCUCCGUUUUCUGUUGAAACGGGCCUCGAGGAUUGAACAGAGAGGGAAAGUAACGAGUUGAAUUAUAUAUGUAACAGUUAAAUGUGUGUGUGGGUAUUGAAGAUAAAGGGAACAUACGUUGGCAGUGAUUUUCACUGAUAAUUGGAUAAGACAAGUGUGGGUGGAUUUUUGGGGCGAUGCACGAGGAUCGAAUGGAAAAUCCGGUUGGCGAUGUGAAUGGGACCAUGGAGGCGACGCCGACGGGCACGAGCCUGGCCGAAUCAUCGACAUCACCUCAGAUGAGUGAUGGUGGGGUUAACAACGUGGUACUGACGUCUAGUCAUCAGGCUGGGACUGAUGCGAGACUGGCGCUUGUUGUCGAUGUACACAGUGAGACAGGGGGUGGCAAUUGCGGUACUUCGGGUGGUGGAAUUGAAACGAGUGGUAAUUAUCAAAGUGGCAGUAGUAACAACAGUAGUAAUGCCAAUAGUACCAAUGGCAAUGCCACAUGUACAACUGGUGGUGGUAAUGGCGCUGGCGCUACCAAUAGCAAUACCAAUCAGAAUGUCGCUAGUUCUGGACAAGUACCUGGUAAUGUUUGUCAUCCGGGUAUUGGACAAGUUGGUAUUGUCACUGGUUCUGUACCUGGUACAUCGGAAUUUCCAGAUACCAAGGAUGUUAUCGAGGAAUUGUGCCCAGUUUGUGGUGAUAAAGUAUCGGGUUAUCAUUAUGGCCUUCUUACCUGCGAAUCCUGCAAGGGUUUCUUCAAACGUACUGUACAGAAUAAAAAGGUUUACACGUGUGUUGCUGAGAGAUCAUGUCAUAUUGAUAAAACACAGAGGAAGAGAUGUCCAUUCUGCAGGUUCCAGAAGUGCCUGGAGGUCGGCAUGAAGCUAGAAGCUGUACGUGCAGACAGGAUGAGAGGGGGUAGAAACAAGUUUGGCCCAAUGUACAAGAGAGACAGAGCGAGAAAAUUGCAGAUCCUACGACAACGUCAACUGGCACUACAAACGAUACGCGGUAGUCUAGGUGAUCCAACGAGUUACUCAUCCGGAGUAACACCAUUCCUACACAUUAAACAGGAAAUACAGAUACCUCAGGUCUCGAGUCUAACGUCAUCCCCCGAUUCGAGUCCAUCACCAGCAGCUGUUGCUGCUGGCUUAGUAACAACUCAACCCGGUGGUAAUAACAACAACAAUAAUAAUGGAGCUGGUAAUGCUGGACAACAUCAGCUCAUAGCACCCUCAUCACAGCCAACAUUGACUGGUGGCAAUCACAUGUACAAUCCAAAUCAAAGCCUCGAUGGUAAAUUGUGGGCGGCCAAUUCCACUACCUCCAGCCCUAAGGCAUUCAAUUUUGGUGAACAAUCGAGUCAAUCCCAUGGUCAAAAUCCUGGACCAACGCCCUCAACUGCAGCCUUAAAAAUUAGCCCACUCAUAAGGGACUUUGUUCAGUCUGUUGAUGAUCGGGAGUGGCAGGCAUCGCUUUUUGGAUUAUUGCAGAAUCAGACGUACAAUCAGUGUGAAGUUGAUUUGUUCGAACUUAUGUGCAAAGUGCUCGAUCAGAAUCUCUUCUCCCAAGUUGAUUGGGCGAGAAAUUCCGUUUUCUUCAAGGAUCUCAAGGUUGAUGACCAAAUGAAGCUGCUCCAGCACUCGUGGUCGGACAUGCUGGUGCUCGAUCAUCUCCACCAGAGGAUGCACAACAACCUGCCAGACGAGACGACCCUCCACAAUGGCCAAAAGUUUGAUCUCCUUUGUCUCGGCCUACUGGGUGUACCCUCUCUAGCUGACCUAUUCCACGAUCUAUCCCAGAAGCUCCAGGAGCUCAAGUUUGACUUCAAUGACUUCUUCUGCCUCAAGUUCCUCAUGCUGCUCAAUCACGACGUACGAGGACUGGUAAAUAAAAAACACGUCCAGGAGGGCCAUGAGCAGGUCCAACAGGCACUCCUCGACUACUGUCUGACGUGUUAUCCAUCGAUACCGGAUAAAUUCAACAAGCUGCUGGCAGUAUUACCAGAGAUUCACGUAGUGGCAAGCAGGGGUGAGGAUCAUCUUUACCAGAAGCACUGUAAUGGUGGUGCACCAACCCAAACUCUACUAAUGGAGAUGCUUCAUGCUAAGAGAAAAUGAAAUAUAACGUGGAUUCUAUUAUAUCGACGCUUAUUGUGUCUAGUAAGUCCCGGUUAUUGUCCCCAAACUAAAGACAAAUUGUACCUAAAGGGAGUGCCAGCGGGAGCUUAGGUUUCAUUGGACCAAAAACAAGGAAAUUCUAGGAAAAGAACAAAUAAGAGGGGAAAAUGAAGUAAAAUGGCUUUAUCACUCCCUAUCCUUAUUUUCCAAUUUUUCUGGGAAAAAUCGAAAAUUCAUGUGCAAAAAAUUUCAAAAAUUUUCUUGACGAAAAUUGUUUUCAAAUUGAUAUCAUAAGAAUGAUAAAUAGAUUGUAUUUUUCAGUGGAGAAUUGAGAAAUGAAUCAAGUAUAGUUAUAUGUAAAAAAUGAAAAAUGAACACAUGUAUUUAAAUAUAUAAACAUAACAUAUAUUUUCUAUAUUUGAUGUUCAAGUUUUAGAGAUGUAUCUGAGGGGUGGAAAAAAAUGAAAUAAGAAAAUUUAAAGCAGUCAACAAACCCAACCCAACAAGUGAUUAUAAAAAUCUAUAAACCAGAAAAUUAAUAGUGAAACGUACCCCCCUCCACCGAGCACGUAGCCUCAAGAGGUUGGCGGGUCGAUAUUAAAACAAGCGCAGGGAAAAACCGUAAGCGAGAUGCCUUGAAAACAGUACAAAGGGUGGUUAGACGAGGAUGAAAAUAAAAUGAUGAAAAAUAAAGAUGAAAAUUUAUUGGUCAAAGGGCAGGCAACUUUUGUCUAAAUAAGUAAAAUGCUAUUUUUCUAAUAAUCUAGAGGCAAUUAUUUUUAAGUGUACCACUGAAGCCUUGCUCUCACUGACGACUAAGGAAAAAUUCAAAUCACAAUAAUCAAACUUUAUCAUUUGUCUUUCCUUUUGAAAAUCGACAAAUUUUCAAUCCACUCAACAUUAAAAAUCAUUGUUUCUUUAA